AUGGAUUCUCUCGCUUCCUCCAAACCCCAGCCCCAGCUCCUCGACCAGGUUCUAGUAGAAGACAACUCCUUUUCAAAAACCUUGAUAUUGAACAGGCCAAAGCAAUUGAAUGCCCUUUCCUAUCAAAUGGUUUCUCGUUUAUUAGAGCUCUUCCUUGCUUAUGAGGGGGAUCCUAAUGUCAAGUUCCUUAUCCUCAAGGGAAGUGGAAGAGCUUUUUGUGCUGGUGGUGAUGUUGCUGCCGUGGUUCGCGAUAUUAGCAAAGAUCAUUGGAAAUCUGGUGCCGAAUACUUUUGCAAGGAAUUUACUCUUAACUACAUCCUGGCAACAUACACUAAACCGCAGGUUUCGAUUCUUAAUGGAAUUGUCAUGGGAGGUGGGGCUGGAGCUUCGAUACAUGGAAGAUUCCGUGUUGCAACUGAGAAUUCAGUUUUUGCAAUGCCUGAAACAGCUCUAGGACUCUUCCCUGAUGUAGGUGCCUCUUAUUUCUUGUCAAGACUUCCUGGAUUCUUUGGAGAAUAUGUUGGGCUUACAGGCGCAAGGUUGGAUGGUGCCGAAAUGCUUGCGUGUGGCCUUGCAACUCACUUUGUCCCAUCUGCGAAAUUGCCUCUGUUAGAAGAAGGAUUGAUCAAGUUAGACUCCAGUGAUCCAGCUGCAAUUUCAGCAAUUAUUGAUGGAUGCUCUGAGCGACCUUAUUUGAAAGAGAAAAGUGCUUAUCAUCGAGAAGGCAGGCUUCAAGGUGUUGGUCAAUGUCUUGUUCGAGAAUAUAGAAUGGUUUGUCAUGUCAUGCGGGGAAAGCUUAGCAAGGAUUUCUUUGAGGGUUGUAGAGCUAUACUGUUGGAAAAGGAUAAGAACCCAAAGUGGGAACCUUCUCAGUGGGAUCUCGUUAGUGAUGCUAUGGUUGAGGAAUACUUCUCAAAAGUGGAUGAUCAAGAAUGGGAAGAUUUAAAGCUUCCUGCUCGUUUCAACUUGCCUGGACAUGCCAUUGCAAAGCUUUGA